AUGCCAUCCCAGACUAUCUUGUACGAUCUGCCCUCUCAGCAGGGUACAGCGUGGUCGCUCAACCCAUGGAAGACGCGUUUGGUUUUGAACUACAAAGGUAUCGACUACCAAACGGAGUGGGUAGAGUUCCCAGAUGUCGAACCCAAGAUGAAGUCAUUGGGACUACCGCCAAACUCCAAGGACGCGCCCGGAUACUUCACCGAUUACAGUAUUCCAGCGAUCAAGUAUGAAGACGACACGUACGAGAUGGACUCAUGGCCCAUCGCGCAGGAGCUCGAAAAGCGAUACCCCAGCCCGUCUCUCCACCUGGAUGACCCGGUGACUGUCAAGAUUCGUGACCACAUCUCCGUAAUCCUGGGUCCUAUCAUCCUACAAUUCCUGCCCAACGUUGCAGACCUGCUACCCGGAAGAUCGCAAGAGUAUUUCAUUAAAACCCGCACGGAAACCUUUGGCAAGCCUCUUUCGGAAGUCCGCAAGGAGGCUUUGGCAAAUGCCGAGGAGGGCUGGAAGGCGGCACAGGGGCCAUUGAAGGAGGCAGCUGACUUACUGAAGAAGCACGAUGGACCUUUCUUCCUGGGACAGGCCGUGUCAUAUGCAGACUUCAUCUUCGUCUCCAUGCUGUACUUUGUCAAGUGUCUCGACGAGCAAGUAUACCAAAGGUUGGUAUCUUUCGACCCGGCAUUCACCAAGGUCUACGAAGCCUCUAGACAGUGGUUCACAAAGGACAACUAG